CUGCAACUUGGCCCAGCCUGAGAGACAGAGACACCCAGAGAAAGGGGGGGGUCCUGUCUCUUCUUCACCUCCACCCCCCCCUCCACCCCCACCCCCUUCCUCCUCCUCCUCCUCCUCCUCUGCAAGAAGAAACUUUCUAUCGCAUCGGGACCAAGGCUUUUUCCAUUGGAACUUACAAAACGGGACCGGCCGGGCUGCCGGAGGCUCAGACAGCAGAGGGCUGACUCCUGCCCUCCUGGGAUACACUUUUUCCCCCCCCUUUUUUUUAAAAAAAGGCGUGUUCAAUAUCCAGCCCUUUCCCUCGGAUCGCGGCAUUCCCGACCGCCAAGAUGCCGCUCGGCUUCAGCAGCAAAAACUACGAUUACGAUUACGACUCGGUGCAGCCCUACUUCUACUUCGAGGAGGAGGAGAACUUCUACCACCACCAGCAGCAGAGCGAGCUGCAGCCCCCGGCGCCCAGCGAGGAUAUCUGGAAGAAAUUCGAGCUGCUGCCCACUCCGCCCCUGUCCCCCAGCCGCCGGUCCAGCCUGUCCUCGGGGGGCUCCGGCCUCCCCUCCACCGCCGACCAGCUGGAGAUGGUCACCGAGCUGCUCGGGGGGGACAUGGUCAACCAGAGCUUCAUCUGCGACCCGGACGAGGCCUUCGUCAAGUCCAUCAUCAUCCAGGACUGCAUGUGGAGCGGCUUCUCCGCCGCCGCCAAACUGGUCUCUGAGAAACUGGCUUCCUACCAGGCGGCCCGCAAGGAAGGGGGGCGGCCCGGGGCGGCCCCGGCCCCCAGCCUCGGCUCCAGCUACCUGCAGGACCUCAGCACCGCGGCCUCCGAGUGCAUCGACCCCUCGGUGGUCUUUCCCUACCCUCUGCACGACGGAGGGUCGCCCAAGUCCUGCGCCUCGCCCGCCUCGCCCUCCUCCUUCUGCGGUGCCAGCGCCCAGGCCCCCUCCUCCUUGACCUCUCUGACCUCUCUGUCCUCCUGCUCCUCCUCCUCCUGCUCCAUGUCCUCCUCGCCCGGGGCUAGUCCCCAACCCCUGGCCCUGCUGGAGGACACGCCACCCACCACCAGCAGCAGCAGCAGCAGUAGCAGCAGCAGCGAUUCCGAAGAAGAGCAGGAGGAUGAGGAAGAAAUUGACGUGGUCACCGUGGAAAAGAGGCAGCCUUCCGCCAGGAGAUCCGAGGCGGGGUCUCACAGCAAGCCCCCCCACAGUCCCCUGGUCCUUAAGCGUUGUCACGUUUCCACGCACCAACACAACUACGCCGCGCCCCCUUCAUCCAAGAACGACUAUCCCGCCGCCAAAAGGAUUAAGUUGGACAGUGGCAGAGUUCUGAAACAGAUCAGCAAUAACAGGAAAUGCGUGAGUCCCAGGUCCUCCGACACAGAAGAAAACGACAAGAGGCGGACGCACAACGUCUUGGAGCGCCAGCGGAGGAAUGAGCUCAAGUUGAGCUUCUUUGCCUUGCGUGACCAGAUACCCGAACUGGUCAACAAUGAAAAGGCCCCCAAAGUCGUCAUCCUGAAAAAAGCCACUGCCUAUAUCCAGUCUGUCCAAGCAGAGGAGCACAAACUGAUUGCGGAGAAAGAACAGUUGAGGAGGCGGCGAGAACAGUUGAAACACAAACUUGAACAGCUAAGGAACUUUUGCGCGUAAGCGGGAAGGGGGGAAAAGAAAACGGUCAGGAGUCUCUGACUCUGAACUCUUCCAUCAAAAUCCGUGAGAAGUCAGAAAGGGACUGGAAAUCAACUAGAGAACUGCUGUAAUGGCAUCCUUCUCAAAUGCAACUACACAACCUGGCCGGAACCUGAACUGAAGGGUUUUAGCCAUAAUCAAAACUGCCUCAUGAUCAGUGCGUUGGGCAUAAGGGAAUAGGGACACUUUUUUUUUAUGCUUGGCCAACUAUUCUUUUAACAUUUGUAUUUAAGACUUUCUUAAAAAAAGUACUAUGGUUUACCAGAUAUUUCCUUGUAAAUAUAUCUUCUAUGUAAAUAUCUUUAAUAAAAUACAUUUAUAGAAAAAUGUUACACUUGUUUUUCAACCUGUACCUAUGUGCCAUAAUUGUUUUUUAUUUAAAUUUUCUUUUUCAAGUUGAUUUU